AUGAAGAUUUCAGCCAGCCUCAUCGCCUUGACAAACUUGGCCACGAAUGCUGCCGCCAGCUCGAAAAAGAAUCCGACCAAUGCCGUCGAAAGCAUCGACGCUCCCAGAACCGUCUGUGGCGGCCUUAUCACUGGCGACGGCAUCAUCACCUCUCCUGGAUUCGACGAUCCAGGACACUACGAGAACUACCUCGACUGCACCUGGGAAAUCAACAUUCCCGGCGUUUCCGGCUUCACGAUUCACCCCUACUCAAGCUCAAGCUCUGGUAGAAAACGAAGAGCUCCAGUGGAGGGUGUCCUUGGCGCCUCAGGCAACGGAAGAAUUGAUUCUUCUAGCUCCCCAUACCUUGGGGACUUCCUCCAGCCUCUACGGGUAGAGGGAAACACUGCUACACUCCACUUUACAACAGAUGGAUCUCGUGUUUUCAAAGGAUUUAAGCUUCGAAUCGAGAAGGACAACAACAUCGGAGAAACGGGAUGUGACCAAGUCCAAUCCGGCUCUGGAUCUUUGAGCAAGCCAGGAAAGAUAAUCAAAAUCGACUUCGAACACUUUGACGUCGAGAACAACCGAGAUUGCGAUUACGACUCCCUACGAAUCAACGGCCGAAAACACUGCGGUAGAAAACAACAUGGAUUCGGCAACAAGCGAAAUCCACCGCAGACCGUUUACGUUUUUGCUGAAUCGACCGAACUUGAGUGGAUCACCGACGGCUCCGUGACCAGAGGAGGUUUUGCUCUUUCCUGGGAGUCUGUUGUAAAUCCCAAUGGAUCUGCUGCUUCUGGUCCUUUGGAAAGCGCCGCUGGAUUUCAUGAACAUAUGGAGUCUUUCUACAACCAACUCAUCUACCAAAUGGAAUUCCGUCGGCCCUGGAUGUCCAAAGCCCUGGCUCGAUUCUGGAGCAACAUCCAAAUCGCCAAAGACUACUUCCAAAGCGAAGGAGAAUGCGAAUGGGACCACGCCAAGCCUUCAUACAACACAUUCGAUUUCAAAGAAUUCGAUGAUUCCGCCUCGAAAUGCGACAAUUUAAACAAUUUCGCAACAAAUGCGAACGCGUUUCUGAACAAUUUCGUGUGCAUGGACGGUCAUGAGCUUCCGAAGAGAACAUGGAUGAAAUGGAAGAAUUCGGCUUCGAAGAUUUUUGACAUCGGGUUUGCUUUGGCAGACCAUUUUUUUCUUCUUUUUUCCUACUUUUUGGUCGGUUAUUUUUCGUCGCAUGGAUUCGACGAAAUUGCGAAAGAGCUAGAGAGAAAGAACAACGGCUGUAAAAACGACGUAAAAAUCGGAGAACCGGGGCAAUUCAACUGGAUUCUGAUUCUUUCCGUUCAAGGAUCCGGGAACACCUGGACGAGGCAGCUUUUUCAGUCGCUGACGGGCUACUACGCGGGAGGAGUCUAUCACGAGAUUCAUGAGGCGCUCGAUACUGACGAAUUAUACGAGCAAUCGCCCUUUCCCGGAGAGCAUUUUUCUCCUGAGUCUGGCAGAGUUUUAGGAAUCAAGUCGCACGCUCGAGGACACAUCCGAAAAGCCCACGCCGUCGUCCUCGUCAUCCGAAACCCCUACGACACCAUCAAAGCGAAUUUCAACCGAAUCAUGGCGCAAAAAGAAACCGGCGACGGCCAUGGCGCGCACACUGGCACCAUCGACCCAGCGCUCUUCAAAUCGCUAAAAUGGCGACGAUACAUUCACAACACCGCGGAAAUGUGGCGACAGUACUACAAAGACGCGGUCCAUCUGGCUGUCAAUAGCGAGAAAAAUUUUCAUUUUCUCUGGUACGAUUUGCUGAAAACAGAAAAAGAGGCGCAAAUGCGGGAAGUUUACGCUUUCUUGGAAAACGAAGCGGUUCCAAAUGAAAAAUUCGAAGUCGAAAACAUCGACGAGCGAUUAAAUUGCAUCAAAAACGAUAAUCUGGACAAAUUUAAAAGAAAAAAAGUUGAACUCGACUUUGACAUCUACAAACCAGAUGAAAUAGAGAUGAUCAACUCUUACAUCCGAGAAUAUAUCGAAUUCUUUCGCGAAAAUGAUGUUGAAUUUCCAGAAAAAACUGUCAAAAGCUGGCUUAGAUAG